AUAUAUAUAUAUAUAUAUAUAUAUAUAUUUUUUUUAAUUCAAAAAGAAAAUAAAGUGUUUGAAAGCAAAUAAAAAUGAGUGCCUUUCUAGUAUUUAUAACCUUUAUAUUGAGCUACAUUAUCAUCAAGCUAUGGAGCAGUGUAAAAAGGCCAAACAACUUCCCCCCAGGACCUCCAUUUCUACCAUGGAUUGGCAAUACGAUGCAUCUACGUAAGGAGUCUGCGAUUGCCGGUGGACAACACAAAGCCUAUGAAAAUUGGUCGAAAGAGUACAAGUCAAAUGUGUUAGGGCUCAAAUUGGGUAGCGAUCUGGUGGUAGUCGCUUUAACUUAUCCUUUAGUGAAGCAAGUGCAUUUGGAGGAAGUGUUCGAAGGACGGCCGGAUACUUUCUUUUUUCGUUUGCGUACUAUGGGUACACGUAAAGGCAUCACCGGUGUCGAUGGCCCGUUGUGGUAUGAACAUCGUCAUUUCUCUAUGAAACAAUUGCGUAAUGUCGGCUUUGGGCGCACGCCAAUGGAAAAACAUAUCGAACGUGAAACGGAUGAUUUAUUGACUUACAUAGAAGGCUUAAACGGUUCACCCGUAUGCCCUAGCAGCUUUUUAGCUCAUGUCGUUAUUAACGUUUUAUGGACAAUGGUAGCCAAUAAACAUUUCGCUUAUGAGGAUAAACGUUUAGAGAAACUUUUGAAUUUAUUGCAUCGUCGCUCACAAGCUUUUGAUAUGUCCGGUGGUCUACUCUCACAAUAUCCUUGGCUACGUUUUAUAGCGCCAAAGAAAACCGGUUACAAUAUCAUUUGUCAACUCAAUAAUGAAUUACAUGAAUUCUUUAUGGAAACUAUAGAAGAACACAAGCGUACAUUGACGCAAGAAAAUGCUGAAAGCGAUUUCAUAUACGCUUAUCUGCAGGAGAUGAAACAAGAGAGUAACAAGAAGGCACCUUUCACAGAAAGUGAAUUAACGAUGAUCAUUUUGGACUUUUUUAUAGCUGGCUCCCAAACUACCAGCCAUACCAUGGAAUUGGCUUUAAUGACAUUGGCUUUAAGGCAGGAUGUACAAAAGAAUUUGUAUAACGAAAUUAGGAAAAAUGCGAAAGAAAAUUCAUUAGUAUUUCCGCACUUAAGUACGAAAAAUUUGUAUCCCUAUAUGGAAGCAUUCAUAAUGGAGGUGCAACGUUUCUAUCAUAUUUUGCCAAUUACGGGGCCGCGACGUGCUAUGUGGAAUACAAAACUUAACGGUUAUGAUAUACCCAAGAAUACAAUUAUUUUUAUUGGCUUAAGUACGGUAUUAAUGGAUCGUGAGCAUUGGGGUGAUCCACAAAUGUUUCGGCCGGAACGUUUUAUCAACGAAGAAGGCAAAGCAUUUAAAGAUGAUUUCUUUAUGCCGUUCGGACAAGGCCGCAGACGGUGCUUGGGUGAUGCUUUGGCUCGUGCCUGCUUAUUUUCGUUCCUAAUAAAAAUCAUCGAACAUUUCAGUAUUGAAUUGAGCGACGAACCGAAAGAUAAACCAUCGGUGAAAUUGCUACCGGGCAUUAUGCUAUCGCCGAAACCUUACAAAAUAUGCCUGAUGAAAAGAGGUUAAAUUUUAUUAAAACUUUAUACAAGAAAA